AUGUCUAACGUCGUCGGUAACGUAGAAAACGUUGGUAACGGUAACGUCGAUCAACUUUCUCCAGAACUACAAAAAGUUCUUGACAAUUUAAACCCACUGCAGAAAAGAAGAUAUAAUGCUACUUCAGACAAAGUUUGGCUUUUAGAAUGCAUUCUGGAAGAACGUAAAAAAUCAGAAAUCGCGUGGGAAUUAAUCUCUGUUAUUGUUCAUUCUAUAACUGUUGGUGUUAUUGCUCACAUAAAUGCGCUAUACUUUAAAAGUGAUGAAUCAACCAAAUAUUUUGUUGUAAUUUUACAUGGUGUUUAUUAUGCAAUUAAAUUUUCAAUUAUGGGAAUAAAGUUAGAACGCGAUGGAUUAAUUCACAAUAAAGUCAAUGAUAUUAUUAUUCUUUUACCAACAAGUAUAGGCCUAUUACUUAAUUUAAACACGAUUUUGGUUAAAAAUUAUUUGAGAUGUAGUGACAUGCCAUGA